AUGUUGGGACCUCAAGUUCCAGCGCAAGGGCCUUCUACAAUGAUGGAGCCAACAGAAGACUUGAGAUUGGCUGCUCGAACUGUCCUGGAUUCAAUGGACAAAGACAAAUGGGUCGAUUUCAUUGAAAUACUACGACGUCCUGCUCCACAACUUGCGCAACAAGACUUGGACAGUCAUUUGGCAAUGUCUCGCAUCCCUUCCUUCCACAUAUCCGACGAUCUAUUCAGACCAAUGCCUGAUGCUUUACUCAAUCACUUUGACAACGCAGAGAGUAGUUCAUACAUGGGAUUACUUAUGGAAUUACAACGAGCAUGGAUUGCCAUAGACAAUAAGCUCUUUUUAUGGAACUACGCCAAAGGGAAUGACUUUACAGUAUGGGACGAUCAAGAACAGUUGAUUAGUACUGUGGGCCUGGUGAAGCCACGAAAAAAUAUAUUUAUCAAAGAAAUCGAAUACAUACUGGUCAUUGCCACUUCUCUCGAAAUACUGCUAGUUGGAGUAGCCUUCUCUGGCCCCACAAAAGAGCUGAAGCUAUAUCCAACCGGAUUUUCCGUUCCUACUGAUGGAGUACGCAUAACAAACAUUAACGGGACAAGUGAAGGACGAUUAUUUUUAUGUGGAGCAAAUGGGCAUGUGUAUGAACUCGUCUACCAGGCUGUGGAAGGACUCCUUUCUCGCAAGUGCUGGAAGAUUGAUAGGAGCUCAUCAUUUGCUUCUUAUUUCAUGCCCACAUUCCUACAACCGUCACGUGAAGAUCCACUUCGAGGUGUUGCUUUGGAUGAGUCAAGCAAGGUCCUCUACACACUGACCGGAAAUUCCAUCAUAACUGUAUAUACAUAUGGACCCGACAUGCACACCUUCCAAAAGGUCCAAACUCUACCCAACUUGUAUCACGAUACCCAACAAAUUCUAGAAACACUUUCAAUUUCUUCACACAUCGUUGAUCCAAGUAGCUUUUGGAUUGUCUCAUUACACGUCUUGAAGCGAACAGAAUCUCAUCAAUUGUGCCUCAUGGCUGUGACGCAUGUCGGGUUAAGAUUGUACUUUGGGCGCAUGUCAUGGGACGGUAGUGUUUCACAAGCAGCAUCAGCGUCUGCAUGCGCAAUCUCAUUACGAACUGUUCGCAUGUGGGUCCCGCCAAUUUCUCCUCUUGGCAUGGCUCCAGCAACGCAUGCUAGUGCUGGACCAAAUGUACACACCUCGCUAUAUUCAACAGGUGUCUUAAUUGCCGCUAAUGCAGGAGAAGAAACAGAUGUUUUGGUUGGAAUUUCACCAGAUGUUGCCAUCAUCGGUCGUACUGGAUCGAAUUCCUAUGCAGAAAUAUCGUCAGACUGUCAAAUACAAGGACGUGUAUGGACAUUAGCGGAGGUCCCUAGUGCCUUUACAGAAAUCUCUGGUGCAGCAUUCAGGGCUGUCGGCGCCUAUACUAUAACAAAACGAAGACCAAUCGAUAUCUUGGAAGUGUACUUACAGAGCUACAAUUACAAUUUCAAAGACAUUGAAUCAUUCACCAGGUCUUAUGGCUCUGACCAAACAUGCGCCAUGUCUCUGCAUUUAAUUGCUCGUGGAGACGUCUCAACGGCUCUACAAGGAUACUACAUGAUGGCAGAACGAACGUAUUUCGAACAAGGUGGCAAACCAAUAAUUCAAACUCGUUCUGCAACCACAUUUGAAGGCGGUCGUAUGGGUGUUGCAUUAGCGGUACCAGAAGUUGUAUAUAGUGGGAAGCACAAUGGUCUAGUAUUUUGUUUUGCCAGGUCUAUCAUGUCCAUUUGGAGGAAGAAGAUUGCAAAGACCUUGACUCCUGUUGCUGGCAAGCCUCAAUUUGAUUGCAAUUUCGGUGAACAGGAAUUGACAAAUGUGUAUACUGUGCUUCAGCGCCUUGAUGCCUUCGUAACCAGAAACUUUGACCAAAUCACCAAAACAAUGGUAGGCCAAGCGUUUGGUGUCCAACCACAAGUCCUCGAUCAGGCUGAUGUCGAUGCACAACAAAAAGAGACAGAGUCGAUGACGAGGAUUCAAAAGUUGAUCCGAGCUUGCCUGGAAAACAUUCAAUUCCUCUCUCUGAUGAUGACCUCAUUCACGUUGCUGGUCGCCAGUAUACCGGAAGCCCGUCAAAAGGAAUUAUUAGAGCUUAACUUUGAAGGACUGGUGACGACACCCAAGGGUGUAUCGAUUGCUCGAGAACUCAUUGCAGCGUCUGUGAAGAAGGAAGUUGAUUUGGGUCGUGAUGUAGAAGAGAUUUGUGAAUCUCUUGAGCAAAAGUGCCCAUCACUUUGCUCCACGACUGAAGUACUUCAAUUCAAGGGAGUGGAAGCAUUGCACAAGGCCAAGAAUUCAAGUGGAGAGAUACAACGAAACCUGCUGAGUCAAUCAUUACAAUUGUUUAUGACCGCCGUCAAGUCCAUGAAAUUUGCAAAGGUGGAAGAUAUUUGCAGAACGUAUAUAGCACUCAAUUUUCCCUCAGGAGCAACAAAAUUAGCCCUUGCAUUCGCAAGCUAUCAAGAUGGCUCGCCUCUACAGAAAGUGUUGACAGUUGGAUCUCAUCCUCCAGGUUCCCAACCAACUGACCGAGAACUGGCAUAUAUCCUCAUUUUGAGCCUUAUUUUCUCCCCUACAUCGACGCAACCAAUUUCUGAUGCCAAUAUCAGGACACAGCUUCAAAGUGCUUUACAAACUCAAGAUCGAUUAUUCCAUCAAUACGUUUACGAGCACUUGUUUGCAGAGGGCAAGAUACAACUCUUGCUUGAUAUUCGAACACCACAACUGGUUGAGCAUCUUGAGUCUGCAUUCCAACAGACUCUCAACAAACCAGGUUUCAGUGUUGACAAGGCUGAACUGCUGUCUAGAAUAUAUGCGGUCUUGAAUGCCUUUGAUGAAGCUGCUGCUGUCUUGUUUCAAAUUGGUGAAUCAGACUCGCCGAUUGAAAUUCAAAAACGCAUCGGUUAUUUUACAACUUGUAUGAAUUAUCUCAACUCUACCGGAACAUCUACGAUCACAACUCUUUCAUUGAAGAAUAAUGUACAGGCCGCUCUGCAAGUAUCUGAAAUCCAAGGCGAAGUAUUGCAAGCCUUGACGGCCAUCGCUCCAAAUGAUCCAAGAGCCACAGCAACUUUGGGACGUGUCAUCAAUGAUUGUCGAUUCAAGUUGAUGUCACUGGACGACUUGUGGAAUGGAAUUGUCAAGCCUUUCUCGCUGAAUGUCCAAACGCUUUUAAUCUUCCAUGCUGCUGGAAAGCGUGAUAUUCAACAUAUACGUCAGAUUUGGCGCUCGGUGAUAGAUACUGCUGGGCCACCCAAUUCCACAGUUACGUAUGAAAGGCUCUGUACCACAAUCAAUGCUUUGAGCAAGCGUCUGAUGCCAGAUGAAUACGUUUUUCCUCUUGGUUUCUUGAUUUCAGAUCUCGAGGAACUCAAUUACCAGAAUCGUCAAGUAGCUCCACCUGGAUGGGUCAUACGGGCAUUAUCUGGUCCUGAUAUUCCGAUACGAGCAGUGUACCAGCAAUUCUACGAAUUGUACGAUUCCAAGGUAUACCCAUGGUCUUCAGAUGACGCACAGCAAUUUCUGCUUUCUGAAUUUUGCGUGGUGUUGGAGUCAUGGCUGCAUGCUAUUGAGCGACGAAGUGAGAAGAGGGAGGAUUUACCUGCUCCUGAAGUCGAUCAAAUUAUUGCUCGCAUCAUGGUGACACCCAAUUUACGUCGAGAUUUGCAUGAUAAGUUCAGUGGCAUCAGGAGGAAAUUGCACGAGUUUUAUCAAUGA